UUCCAAAACGUUCCGAUGGCAAAUUGCUUCUUUCUUUGCCUAGUCCUCGUGUUGACAAUUAUGGGCGCCACCACCGGCGUCCACCUCGUCUCCGCCGCAAACCCCCCUCCACCAUCACCAUUUCCAUCUUCAACCCCACUUCCCCACCAACGUUUUCCACCCACCACUUAUCUGCCAACAUCUCCGCCGCCGCCGUUGCAACUGGCGGAGAUUAAGAAACAACAGUUGAACAACAUAAUCGACGCACUAAUAGGGGCCGGAGACUUUUCGGGAUGGAUCAAUUUCCUCUCCAACACCAACCCAUCAUCUCUGUCAUUCACCGCCACGUUCUUCGUUCCGAGCAACGACGCCAUUUCUCAGUUCCCAACCGCCACCGCCUCCGGAAUGAACUUCGACCCCUUUAUUGUACCUUAUCAUAUAGUCCCACAGCGCCUCUCUUUCUCCGAUCUUCAACGGUUUUCCAUCCUCACGCGCCUUCCCACUCUCUUCUCUUCGAAGUACAUUGUCAUCACCAACAAUUCUCGAUUCAAUUUCACCGUCGAUGACUCUCUAGUCACCCACCCAGAUAUUCUUGUGAACGCUGCUUUUUCAGUUCAUGGAAUAAAAAACGUUCUUGAUUACAAUGUAUACGGCGGCAACGACAACGGCCUCUUUUCACCACCACCGCCGCCUCCAGACAAUACAACAGCGCCGAUCCUUGUACCACCACCGCCAAAUGACACAAAACCAGCGGGAGAAACUAUUCUUGACGUGAAUUUUGGCGUGGCAUGUUUCUGCGAUGUGUUCGUCAUCAUUUUUUGGGUUGGUUUUGCUGUUUUUGCGUCCAAGAUUCAUUGAAAUCCACAUAUAUUGAUUUGUUUGGUAGUCAUAGUUAGAAUUUGUAUAAAGCAAAACGAGAAUUUCUUGCUCUCUGUAUAGGUUAUAGGCUUCUCUGUUUCUUGAUGGCUUCAUUGA